ACUGGGACAAAGUUCCGACAUUGAGGGCAAUGAUUUCCCAAAAAUGUUUACCUCCACCGGAUGAAAAUCGAAAUUCCUCAAACAGCGACGGUUCAGAUUUGUCCAAAAAAUUAAUGUACUCGCCGCAGCGCCGCACUGGGUCCAUUACCUCGGCAUUCAGCAGGCGCUUCGCUUGGGGGGCUUCACUAAUCAGAAGUUGAGAGAUUGUUAAAGAACCUUCUUCUUCCCUUCUUCAUCAAGUCAUUCCCAAACAGACCUUUACUUCUCUCUCUUUCUCUAGAUCGGUACAACCAAAACAACUACAAAAUCAAAGGCCAUACUCUUCAAAUCCAAUAUCAAAUCCUAUUCGUAAUCCUUUUUUUUUUCAAUAAUUCCAUUGAAAAAUUGAAUCUUCUUUUGAGAUUACUGAAUUAUUGUUAUUAUUUAUAAUAUCGACAGCUUUUCUUAACAAUUUUUCUUUUUCGUGAUCUGCAACAAAUCAAAGUCUCUUUCAAUCUUCAUCAACAUGACCACAGGAAACCCUUCGUACACAAACCCAAAACCCUGCAAGCACCUUGCAGAUUACAAGCUUAACCAUGGCUUGAGUGGCUAUAAAUCCCUCCAAAAGCACCUCAAGACCGCCCCGCAUGGGAAAACAAGUGUUGGGAAACCCAGCACAAAGACACCCAGAUGCAUAUCUUGUGAUGGGUUUCAAGGUAGACUCUAUUUUUGCCUGAUUUGCUCCUCAGUCUCAUGUUUGGACCAUAACCUUUUGCAUACCCAGUCUGAGGUUGGUCAUGAUGUGGCUGUAGACAUUGAAAGGGCGGAGCUUUAUUGCUGUGUGUGCUGUGAUCAGGUCUAUGACCCUGAUUUUGAUAAGGCUGUAAUGUCCAAGCACAUCAUGGGCAUCACAGGAGACAAGAAUGGUGAUGAAAGUAUUGGAAAGAGAUUGGUUAAGAGGAGGAGAUUGGGCUCGGGUGUAGUUGAAGAAUUGGUGGAUUCGAAGAUAUCUAAACAGUUAAUUUCCAUGAGAGAUCGGAGGGCGAAAUCUUGUUAUCCAUUGGGUUUGAGAGGAUUGAAUAAUCUUGGGAAUACUUGUUUCAUGAACUCUGUGUUGCAAGCAUUGCUACAUGCACCUCCUUUCAGGAAUUACUUCUUGAGUGGAGGGCAUAAUCACGAAACUUGUCGGAAAAGAUCGGUGGAUCAGCUGUGCUUAUCUUGUGACAUUGAUGUCGUUUUCUCGGCUGCGUUUUCAGGUGAUCGGGCACCAUAUAGCCCUGCUCAGUUUCUUUACAGUUGGUGGCAGCAUUCAGCAAACCUGGCAAGUUAUGAGCAGAAGGAUGCUCACGAGUUCUUCAUUUCAGUCUUAGAUGGGAUCCACGAGAAGGAGGUAAAAUCAAGGAACCAAAAUAGAGAUAAUGGAGAUUGCCAGUGUAUUGCUCAUGGGGUAUUCUCUGGACUAUUGAGAUCAGAUGUCACGUGCAUGACCUGUGGAUUCACAUCAACAACUUUUGACCCUUGUGUGGACAUCUCACUUGACCUGGACACAAGCAAUUUCCCUCCAAAAAAUACAGCUAACAAGUCAAUCAAACCAGAUGCAAACAGCAGUAUGUCUACUCUUCUGGGUUGUUUGGAUUUGUUCACAAGGCAGGAAAAGUUGGGAUCGGACUCAAAACUUUACUGUCAAAACUGUCAAGAAAGGCAAGACUCGGCGAAACAAAUGUCCAUAAAGAGGCUCCCUUUGGUGUUGUGUUUGCAUAUUAAACGAUUUGAGCAUUCACCUGUUACAAAAAUGUCGAGAAAAAUUGACCGCUAUUUGCAGUUUCCUCUCUCCUUGGAUAUGACACCAUAUUUAUCCUCCUCAGUUGUCAGAAACAGAUUUGGGAAUAGAAUCUUUGCUUUCGAGAGUGGCGAAUCAGAUAUUUCUGCAGAAUUUGAGAUUUUUGCGGCGGUUACUCAUGCAGGAACGCUUGAAUCUGGCCAUUAUGUUAAUUUUCUGCGCUUAAGAAACCAAUGGUACAAAUGUGAUGAUGCAUGGAUUAAUGAGGUUGACGAGGGGAUGGUGAGAGCUUCGCAGUGCUAUAUGAUGUUCUACGUGCAAAAAUCGCUUUACCAGAAAGCCAAUGAGGAUUGGAGCCACCUGCCGAUUUCCCCAAGGAGAAACAUGUUUGGCCAGUGAGAAGUGGGGGAGAAAGAAAAGACUUCUUUGUUGAUGGGUUGCUUUCAGGGUUCAGCCAUGAAAGACAUCAUAAUUAACUGUUUAUCAAGGUUUAGCCAUGAAAGGCAUCAACAAAUGCAGAAUAGGAUGAUCAAUAAUUUGAAAAGAGAUGCUCAUUUUCAAAUUCCUCUAAAUAUGAUUUAUUAAAUAGCUGCACAGGUGAUUGAUUGGCUGUAUAUAGGGUGACUUCCUUGAUUGGAUAGUGAAAGUGUUUCGUCUCGUCUUAU